UAAACUUUGAUCCAUGAGUGUGAAGCAGCGAGUGUCCGCUGGUGAUGGAGGAGCCUUCUCUCCUGCGGCGCACAGCGGCUUCCUCUCCGCUUCCUGUCGUUUCAGUGGCGGAGGGCAGGCAGCCAGCACUCCGGGAGGAUCAGCCGGGCCCCCAGGAGCCCAGCAGGCGGCACCGGACGGCCUUCACCCGGGACCAGCUGUCCCGUCUGGAGCAGGAAUACCGCAAUGAGAGCUACGUGUCCCGGGCUCGGCGCUGCGAACUGGCAGCAGCGCUCAACCUGCCGGAAACCACGAUAAAGGUGUGGUUCCAAAACAGGCGGAUGAAGGAUAAACGUCAGAAGCAUUCCAUACCGUGGCCUCACCCCCUCAUCAACCCUCUGGGGACGUUACUGAUGGCUCACGUUUCUCCAUCUUCUAACAUGGUGCCCGCCUUUACCAAACCCCAGCUCCCCCACAUACCGUUCCAACACUACCCUCCACUGACUCUUCCUUCAAUCAUACAUGGUUCUCAUGCUGCGCCAACCAAGCCGCCUGCUUGUUUCCCCAACUCCCAACAACACAGUAAGCCCUGGGAGCUCCCACCACCAGCGCUACUUCUUUAUCCCUCUGCUGGCAUCGUAAACCAUCACAUUUCGUGCCGCUGCUCCUUUUGCCCUCAGUGGGGACCGCAGCAUCGCCUUCAGGUCCAGUGGGAAAUGAAAGGACUGAGCAACACCAGCGGCUCUGCAGCCAAAAAACAGACUGCCUCACUAGAGUGGAAGGAAGAGCUGAUGUGAAAACAGCCAUUUACUCUUCAUAUGUUUCUUGUUUUUGUUCAGCCAGAAAAGCCAGAAGUGCAAUUGAGAUAAUUUAUUUUCAAACUCGAGGUCGAAACGCUCGCUGUCACUUUUCCUUAAGCUUCUAAAACAAAUUGUCCGAAUGCUUUUCAGUCUGCAGCCUUUUUUGGAUAGAUAUGAAACGUUUCGGCACAAAGUUAACUCCAUGCUUGACCUUCUGACUGGUGUCUUGAAAUGUUUCUUAAAAUGUAUGUUCUGUCCUCAUCACUGCAUCUGUUUUAUGAAGUUCAUACGUCCCUCUAUCGCCCAGCAUGAAGCUGAUGGCCCCAUCAUUGUAUUUUGCUCACUAUAACACAAUUGUUCCCAUAUAUUUUCUUUAAUCCUUCAGUAUUUCUCUUUCACCCCCCUCGUUCUUUUCCUAUCUUUCUAAAUCACAAAACAUUGAAUCUUUGCUGUCGUGUUUCUUUGCAAAU